AUGUUUCUGCGCUCGCGGGUGAGUGGCCUCAAGUAUGCCUGGGUUCGCCAUAAUUCCUCUGUCCCCGACCAAUUCGCCGAGCUCGUCCGUCGUCCCUCUUCUCUGCAUCAGAUCUACCAAUCACUAUCGACUGACCCCUACGUGAACCUCUCCAUCGAACACUUCCUCCUCGAGAAUGCCCCGGCAGAAUCAAGCAUCCUGUUCCUCUACGCCAAUCGACCCUGCGUAGUCAUAGGUCGCAACCAGAACCCAUGGCUCGAGACAGAUCUCCGCGCCCUUCACAAUGACCGCUGGAACGGCACGGCCGGGGACGAAGAAGCUGCAAUUUUCGUACGUCGGCGAUCGGGCGGUGGGGCCGUGUUCCAUGAUGCAGGAAAUCUAAACUACAGCGUCAUAUCUCCACGUACAUCCUUCACACGCGACAAGCAUGCGGAGAUGGUGGUGCGCGCACUCCAUCGCGUCGGGGCCAUCAAUACCCGUGUCAAUGGGCGACACGAUAUUGUCAUGGCCCGAGCGGAAGGCAUGGAAAAUGAUCCUAAUGAGCCAUUGGCACGCAAGAUCUCUGGGUCGGCGUUCAAGCUGACUCGACACCGAGCUCUCCAUCAUGGGACUUGCCUGCUCGAUUCCCCGAAUAUUCAUGAUCUGGGGCGGUAUCUGCGAUCGUCCGCGCGCGGGUACAUCCAGGCCAAGGGUGUUGAAAGCGUUCGGUCUCCUGUUGGCAAUGUGUCGGCUGCGUUUGCCGAUUCGUUCUUUUCCAUGCAAGGUGUGAUUGAGAGUGUGAUUGAGGAAUUUGCUCGGUUAUACGAGGUCCACCCUGAUGCAGUAAGACGCGCGCAGCGUGCUCAUGCUAAUGACCCCGAGAUUUUUGCUGGGGAUGGCUGGGUUGCGGGUACAGUGAGUGAAGUGCAGGGCGAACAGGAGCCUGACAUUAGCAAGGGAAUUGCUGAAUUGCGGUCUUUGGAUUGGAAGUAUACCCAAACACCGCAAUUCACUUUCUCGACAUACCCCAUCGAAGAGGACCCUCGCGAGCGGCCACCAUUGCCCUCCUCGCUUCCUUCAAGUACCCGCGCAUUCCUCCGCCUAAAACAUGGCGCAAUCAUUGAAAGCCACAUCUCCGUCUCAGCUGACGAGAGCACCGCAUCUGACCAAGCCAGUCGCAUCCAUACAUUACUGGAUGGACAAAAGUUACACGAAAUGACUCUGGCGCGGUGGUCCGAGGUCCUUCAAGAGGGUCUUGGUGAGACAGAAGGGAAAGAUGAGGCCCUAGUGAAAGAGCUAUCUCGAUUUCUGGGUGGACUAUUGGGCGGUUAA